AUUAUAUUGCAAAGGAGUUCUUUUACGUACAAUCUAACUUGAAUAAUGGCGGCGGCCGGUGCUUCCUCCAGCUCGAAAGACAUUUUAUCAGAAGUCAGGACAUUUAUUGCGGGUACUAGUAAGGAAAAGUCCAUCAGUCAUGAGAACUUGGCCAGAUCCGCCCUUCAUCUUCUCCAGACUCUGCCAGUGGCCAGACACGCUGUCUUAGAACACCUUUGCUCCUUGUUCGAUGAAGCUGUCAAACGCCACAUUCUCCAGAGUGAUGAUCCUGCCAGCCAAGAUCAGGGAGAAUUCAAUUUAGACAUUGUUAUCCAAGAUGUGUGUGGAGUCCUGUUCAACUUCAUAAAGACAAACCCUCAUGCCUGGGCACCAAUCAUAUCAAAUUGGUCCUUGGAGCUGCUCGGACACCUCAGUUGUAAAUAUGCCAGUCAGUGUGGUCUGUCCCCUGCCUCCUCCCUCAAUGAACUUCUUCAAAUGUGGGUCACCUGUAAACCUACCAAGGCCCUCAUGGAAGUUGCCACAGAAUGUUUCGCAGCAAUGGUGGGCAGUGCUCCUGAUGUAUGUGUAGAUGCCUUACUUGAAGCCUCUGUCAAAUACAGUCCUCAUUUUGAUUGGGUUGUUGCACACAUUGGGUCGUGUUUUCCUAACACUAUUAUUACCAGAGUCUUGAUGUGUGGUCUUAAGGAUUUCUGUCACCAUGGAAACAAGCGACCAGACAUGGAGACGCGGGGGGAUGAGAAGGUCCCUAAGAUGGAUUCUGUAGUGGACAUUCUUGGUCACCUGGCUUCUAAACACCGUCAGGACAUCAGGGGAGCUCUCAUGAAGCUGUUUGAGGAGAGCAUGAAAUCUGAUAGUGAAGUAGUGAAGGUUACUACUGUUCCCUUCCUGUUAGAACUGGCCUCGAGAUCAGACAUGCUUCUACAAGUUCUCAGCACCGAUCUCAUCAAAUCAUUAAACUUUAAGCUGUUAAAUAAACUGCAUGGUAACUUUGAACCUUGGAGAAGAAGAAAUGCACCGGAAUAUAUGAGCUUGAUUACUCUGGUGGUUCAGCUGAUAAAGAAGAUUGACUUCACAACUUUAGAAGUGUUAGAAUUUUUACUGGGGAUAGCUGCACCAGUCGACACAAACAAAUGCCCUUGCCUGGAGGUGCAGGAAGUUGGAGCCAUAAUCAUUAACCGUCUGAUCUUUGAGCUGCAGAGAUCUGUCUUUCACAAACGUCGCAAUGCAUCCAUUGAUGUUCCUUUCCUAUCGUCUUUAGUAGAUCAGUCAACAAGUAUACUUAAACUACUGGACAGCAAGGGACCCAGGGGAGACUGGCUGUUGAGGAUCACAUCCUACAUUGGUCUGUACAGUGGAGAAGACCUCACCAGUGAUAUGAUGGUCUACAUCAUCUGUAACUCCACUUCACACGCCCAGUUGUGCCGCUUUAUACAGUUACAGAGUAUUGUGGAGGUGAAGCUGGGAGAUGUUAUUCCUGUAGUCGUACAGAAAGUAACAGAUAAACUUAGAUCCUACAAAAUUCCUCAGCCAGAUAUCAUACUGGGGAAUAUACUGGCCAUUUUGGAGUGGGAAAAAUCAACAAAGAAGACCAGUGAAAGAUCCACAAUGUUGUUCUGUAUGAAGAAGCAGUGGGAAGCAUUUUUGCCUUUAUUGACCAAUGAAGACCUUAAAAUUGUGCUGAAAACCGUCAAAAUCCUCAACACUCUGGGAAUUCCCAACAACAUUUCUAGUGCCACUGCAGUCAGACUGUGUUCAAAUUUGCUCAACUUCUUCUUCAGAUCUUUAGAAGUUGAAGACACAAGUUUGUCUUCAUCAAUGUUCCAUGCCUGUCGACAGUGUGUGAAAUCUCUCUGCAAAGAGACUUUUAUUCAAUGUAUAGCUCUCAGAUUUCUCAUUGAAAGUUUGUUUAUUAAGGAUAUUGCCAUUUUGUUUGGUGCGAAGCAGUAUCAGUCAGUAUCAAAGUCUGAAAAAGAGAAGAAGAAUUUUCAGUUUUUGUACGAAGCUAACAGGAAGCAAGGCUUGUCUGCAACGCUCCAUCGAUCACAGUCUAGUGUGUUUCAUGCAGGAGUCAUAGGUCAAGGUCUAAGAUCAUCACUAUCAGUUCCUGUCCUGCAGAAGGUACACGUGGACAGAAAUAAACAAUGCCUUAUGAGUAUCACGAGAUGUUGCUCUCACCAAACCUUAACAACAGAGGAAGUAAACUCACCCACCCCGGAGGGUGCACCGAUGGAGGUAGACGAAGCCUUCAAAGCACCCUCCCGUGGACGGGGGGUGUCUGGUGACCUGAGUCGAAUGAUUGGAAGCUUGAUGACUGAACUGAUUACACCGGAUGUCCUCUACAACAACAGGUUCUGGCCAGAAGAGGAAUCCAUACAUAUGACUGUGGAGAGGGAUUUACAAAUUUACAAAACUAUGGAAGACAACCCUGUUUUAUGGCAGAUACUGGACCUGUACGCUACAAGUCCCCUAACCAUGUGUAGAUGUUCCCCUAUCCUGAAGUCACUUGCUGCAUCACUUAUGAUCCACUUUGAAUCAUCGAGAGAGAGACUGGGCAGGAAUACGCCGAAACAGCUGCAGGCAGCUGGUCACUUAAUCAGAUAUCUGGGGAAGAGUGGUCUCCUCCCGACUCCACUGAGAUAUGUGUCGGAGCUGUUCCACAUCGCCACCUCGUACGAAGUCUACUUACUGCUGUUGUCUGUGUGGAGGUAUAUGAAGGAGUAUCCCCCCACAGAGGACCCGGACGAGGUCAACACUAGAGGAUGUGAACUAAGACAUCUGGAGGCUCUCAAGGCCAUUAUGCAUAGUAACAUAGACACAAUGGGAGUUUUUUAUGGACGUUUCUUCUCCAUGUUUUCUCAAUCAGAUUAAUAAAAUUGAAAUCCA